UAUAGUAAACUCGUGAUUAUCUUUUCAGAUUCACCAAUUUCCAGAGAAAAGCAGAAUGUUAAAGAAACACAAAAUAUUAAUUUUUAAGUACUUUCUUAAUCUCAUUAAUUCAGCUUUUUUGAUUCUUGGACUUUUAUUCGUGGGAUUUGGUGCAUGCCUUUUAUUAGAUAGAAAUACUUUUUUAACAGCUUUGGAUGAAAACAAACAAUUCAUUAUAUAUAUUUCUCAAAUCUUGAUUGGAAUGGGAUCUGCUGUUGUUCUUCUUUGUCUGUUGGGUUAUUUGUCAAUUCACAUCAAAAUUGUAUGGCUCCUAAUCCUGUAUGCAGUAGUGUUGUCAUUGGCCUUUGGUGUCCAAGUUGUAUUUUCAGCACUCAUCUUCACAAAGAAAGAGGAGGUUCAACAACUAUGGCAUGACAAAAUGGAUUUAGUCAUUUCUGAGUAUGGAUCUAAAGAUAAGCCUGAAGACAUACCCAAGUGGACUAUUCUGAAUGCCUUACAGAAAACAUUACAGUGUUGUGGUCAACACAAUUACACAGAUUGGAUAAAGAAUAAAAAUAAAGAAACUUCAGACCAGGUUCCGUGUUCUUGCACAAAUUCUACAUUAAGAAAAUGGUUUUGUGAUGAGCCACUGAAUGCAACUUAUCUGGAGGGUUGUGGAGGAAAAAUCAGCACAUGGUUUGACGCUAAUGCUUUAACCUUCAUUGGAAUUAAUUUUGGACUUUUGACUUCAGAGGUUUUGCAAGUCUCAUUCAUUGUUGCUUUCCUCAGACACAAGAAUAGAAUUUAUGCAGAAACGUGACCUCUGCAUUUCAAUUUGACUAGAAGAAACCAGUUAAUUUUGAAUAUAAUCAUGUCAUAUUAUUUUACUCUAUUAUUGUUUGGAUAUGUAUCCCUCAAAGGAUUAUAGACUAUGUUAAAGACUUUGUUCACAAUUGCUAGCUCUCUUGGGAGGAGAUAGAACCUUUAAGAGGUGAAGCUACUAAGAGGUUUUCUGGUCACUGAAGGCAUGUCCUUGAAGUAGAUAUUGGAAUCUCAGCCUCUUCAUAUGGCAUUCUUUCAUGUCUCAGACACAAAAUGAACUUUACUACACCACGUGGUCCCCACCAAAGGCUAAAAAAUAAUGGGACUAAUUGGUUAUGGACUAAAAUCUUUGAAACCAUGAGCUGAAAUGGAAUUUUUCUUAUAUUUUCUCA